CCGGACCUGUUGUGCGGCUGUCGGAGCGGAGCUCAGCUGCUCUGCGGGACGCGCUGCUGCUCACACGAACUUUUCCCCCGCGACUCGGACCCGGCGGACAGCGGAGCGGCCGGCCGCGGUCAGCUGACCAGAGCUGAAUGAGAACCUGGACCAAGCUCGAUCGGCCUGUUUGCAGUCCCUCAGUAAACGUCUUCCGAUGAGGAAAGUUCCUCCUCUUCCUCACGCUUCAGCAUUGUCGCCGCAAUAGGAACUCACCUCCACAGGUGAAGAGGAGCUGCCAUGUUGGCCUCCUACUUCCUCCCAUCAAUCCUCCUCAUCUUCCUCCUCCUCCCUCCUCCUUCGCACCCCGUGGAUGCCGUGGUGAAGCGGGUGAGGCUGGAGGGCUCCCCCUUGUCUCACUUGCUGCUGGACCCUGGGGAGGGACGUCUGUAUGUGGGCGGAGUCGACCACCUCUAUCAGCUGACCACUGACCUGGAGGUGAUGUCACAUGUGAAGACAGGCCCUCGGCUGGACUCCCCGGACUGCCUCCCUCCAAUUGUUCCUCAGGAUUGCCACUCGGCCAUGUCCACGCACAAUCACAACAAGCUGCUGCUGAUGGAGGAGGGGCAGGGGGCGGAGCCAGGGAGCCUGAUCGUCUGUGGCUCUCUCUACCAAGGAAUAUGUGAUAAGAGGAGUCUAUCCAACAUCUCGGAGCUCAUUUAUCAGACUUCCAACCCAGUUGACACUCAGUACGUCGCUGCCAACGAUCCACGAGUCUCCACCGUGGGUGUGGUAAUAACCACGAAGGGCAAGGCGGAAGGAGGCGGGGCCGGGGGCGUGCUGCGUCUGAUGCUGGUUGGUCGAGGCUACACCAGCAAAGGUCCUGGUGACAUCCCGCCAAUCACCUCGCGCCGCCUGUUCCCCGUGGUUCCACCUCGCAGGGCUUUUGCACAGGAGGAAGAACUUGGAAAACUGGUGGUAGGAAGUUACUCUGAGUACAACAACCACUUUGUGAAAGCUGUGGCUCACAAAAGCCACGUCUACUUCCUGUUCUCCCGGCGGGACAUGUGGCACAAGAAGGAGUACCGAACCUACGCCUCCAGGCUCUGCGCGUCCGAUCGCAGCUUCUACUCGUACGUGGAGGUGCCGCUGUCCUGCACCGGCGGCUACAACCUGGCACAAGGAGUCUGGCUGGGGAACCACUCCGCAGACGCAGCCCUGUUCAUCGUCAUGUCAGCCGGGCAGGCAUCCACGCCCGUGGCAACCAGUCGUUCUGCGCUCUGUGUUUACGGGAUGGCAGAGCUGGACGCUAUGAUGCGGCAAGCACAAGAAGUGUGUUAUACUGAGGGAGGACGAGGUGGAGGCGGACAGGAAGAGGCCUACAUCGAGUACGCUGUGUCAUCCAAGUGUCUCAAGCUGCCGAAGGACUCCCUCUCCGAGUACCCCUGCGGGGGGGAACACACCCCCAACCCCAUCGCCAGCGCUGUGCCCCUCCAGGCCACACCCACUAUCACUCUCUCCACCCAGCUGACAGCUGUCACCGUGGCAACCGAGGCCGGUCACACUAUCGCCUUCUUGGGAGACCGAGAGGGACAACUGCACAAGGUGUUGGUGCGCUCCAAUCGUUCAGGUGACCGGUACGCCAGCGAGGUGGUGGACAGAGGCAGCGCCGUCAGCGCCGACCUCCUCCUGGACCGGAACCAGCAGCACAUCUACGUUUUAACCAGUGACAGAUUGUCCAAGCUUCCUACUUCGUCCUGUGAGACCCAGAAGGACUGCCGGUCCUGCCUGUCCAUCAGAGACCCGUACUGUGGCUGGUGUGUCCUGGAGGGACGGUGUUCCCGCAGACACGAGUGUCAGCGCCACCAGCUGGCAAACCAUUGGAUCUGGAGUUUUGAACCCACCAAUCAGUGCGUGACGGUGCAGCGUCUAUGGCCAGCCAAUCAGAGCAAAGAGGAACAGACACAGGUAACGCUGUCAGUACUCCGGCUUCCUGAUCUCAGAGGGGCGGAGUCUCUUUCCUGUGUCUUCGGGCUUCUCCCACCUCAGCCUGCCCUUGUGAUGGGGGCUAAUGUCACCUGUCAGUCACCUGCACCGGAGCUUCUCCCAGCCAUUCCCCCAGAAGGUGAUCACAUGAUCCUGCCUGUGUCGCUCAUGUUUGGCGAUGUGGUGGUAACCACAGGAAACAUGACCUUCUAUGACUGUGGAGCCGUGAGCCGACUGAACCAGACGUCCCAGUGUCUGGCAUGCGUCAGCAGCGUGUGGAGGUGUAACUGGUGUCCUCUGGAUCAACUCUGCACUCACAACCACAGCUGUCCAAAGCAGAACAUUAUCCUGAACCAGAGAGAUUCUCCUGGUCCCACUUCCUGUCCUCUGGUGUUCUCCCUGAAGAGUUCUGCCUUAGUGCCCAUGGGUCUGAGCACCACUCUGGUUCUGCAGGGACGGAACCUGGACAUUUACACGGAUGAAGCUCAGUAUGUGUGUGUCAUCGAGAUCAAAGGAGUGCAGUUCAACCUGACGGCUGCCGUGGAGAAAACACAUGACAACACUUACAUCUUCACCUGCCAAAGCCACCAGUUCCAGUACGCUAUCAGUCAGCUGCAGUACUCGGCUCCUGUGUACCUGCGGAGAGGACUCAGACGCGUGGACGCCUCACCUGGACUCAGACUCCAGCUGUACGACUGCUCCGCCGGCCAAUCAGAUUGCUCGCAGUGUAGGGCGGUGCCAGAGGAGUACGGCUGUGUGUGGUGUCAAGGAAGCCCCACCUCCGGCUGUGUCUACAACCAAUCAUGUCCCGGUGUCCCUGCAGACAUCUGUCCGCCUCCUUACAUCACACAGGUGAUGCCGGUCUCUGGGCCUCUGGAGGGUGGAGUCCUGGUGACCAUCACUGGGUCCAACCUGGGCAUGAGGUACCAGGACGUGGUGGGCGGUGUCACCGUGGCAGGGGUUCAGUGUGUGCCUCAGCCUGAAGGAUACUUGAUUUCCACCAGGAUUGUGUGUGAGCUUCAGCCCAGUGGGAACCAGAGGGAGGGGCCUAUCUUUGUCACCGUAGGAACUACUCCACCUGGCAAGUCGACACAGAUUUUCAGAUAUCAGGACCCCGAGUUGCUGGAUCUGGUUCCUGAUAAAGGUCCGGUCUCUGGAGGAACAAGACUGACCAUCAGAGGAAGACAGCUACUGACUGGCCAGAAGUCAGACCUGAGUGCUUUCCUGGGCCCACAGCCGUGCUACAUAGUUUCAGAGGUCAAUGCCUCCCAGUUGGUGUGUCAAACUGGGUCGAGUAAUCAGACUGGUGGAGUCCCAGUGCGGGUUUUCUUCGGUAAAGCUGAGCGGACGGUUCCUGAUGUCACGUUUCAUUACCUGGCCGACCCCGUCAUCAGUAACGCCUUACCUGGGGAGAGCUUCUACGCAGGCGGACGCGUUGUCAUGGUGACCGGCAGGAACCUGGAUGUGGUGCAGCGGCCACUCAUAUCCGUGUGGGUGGAGCCUCUGGAGAUUCAAAGGGUGAAACGGAAAAGACGGUUGACUAUUCUGAAUCCCAGGCAGCAGCUGGUCUUCAGCAGCACCAUGACAACGGUGUCCGAGCAGUGCUCAGUCCUGUCUUCCUCUCAGAUGACUUGUCCCACCCCAGAAGUGUUCCCAGAGCUCAAAGUUAAAGGCGUCUGGUUCCAGCUCGACAACGUCAGAGUCCACUACGAGAGCAUCAAGGGUAAGAGCUUCAAGUAUUAUCCAAACCCGCAGUUCUUUUCCUUGAACCGAGAAGCUCCAGACGUUCCCUACCGAUUCAAACCUGGAGGCGUGAUCGCGGUGGAGGGCCAGGAUCUGACCAGAGCCAUGUCCAGGCAGGAGGUCACCGCUUGGCUCGGGGAUCAGCAGUGUGAGGUGAAAACUCUGGACAGCACUCACCUGUACUGUGAACCCCCUGAGGUUCAGCCCAUGAGCAGCGACGACAGCAACGAGCUGCCAAGCCUCAAGGUGUUCAUGGGAAACCUGCAGGUGGACCUGGGCUCGGUUCAGUACGACAGUGACUCCAUGCUGUCUCCAGUCCCGUUGGCUGCUCAGAUCAGCUUGGCGGCCGUAGCGGCCGUCAUCAUCCUGUCAGUGCUGGUGGUCAUCCUCAUGUACAGGAGGAAGAGCAAACAGGCGCUGCGAGACUACAAGAAGGUUCUGGUGCAGCUGGAAACUCUGGAGAUCAACGUGGGAGAUCAGUGUCGCAAAGAGUUCACCGACCUGAUGACAGAGAUGAUGGACCUGAGCAGUGAUGUGGGAGGCCCCGGUCUCCCUCUGCUGGACUACAGGACGUAUGCAGAGAGGGUGUUCUUCCCCGGCCAGCAGACGGCGCCGCUGAGCCGGCAGCUGGACCUGCCCGAGUCCAGGAGGCAGACGGUGGAGACGGGCCUUCAGCAGCUCAACAACCUGCUCAACAACCGGCUCUUCCUCACCAGGUUCAUUCACACUCUGGAGGCCCAGCAGGGCUUUUCUCAGAGAGACCGAGGAUACGUGGCCAGCCUGCUCACCAUCGCGCUGCACGACAAGCUGGAGUACUUCACCGAGGUCAUGAAGAGCCUGCUGCAGGACCUGGUGCAGCAGUACGUCGCCAAGAACCCCAAACUCAUGCUGCGCCGGACAGAAACCGUAGUUGAGAAGAUGCUGACCAACUGGAUGUCCAUCUGCCUCUACUCUUUCCUGAAGGAGGUGGCAGGUGAGCCCCUGUACAUGCUCUACAGGGCCAUCAAGUAUCAGGUCGACAAGGGGCCGGUGGACGUUGUGACGGGAAAAGCCAAACGAACGCUGAAUGACAGUCAUCUGCUGCGAGAGGACAUUGACUAUUCUGCCAUGACUUUGACAGUCCUGGUGAAGAACGGAGUUGAGGUCCAGCCGUCUCCUGUUAAAGUACUUGACAUUGACACCAUCACUCAGGUGAAGGAUAAGAUUCUGGACCAAGUGUACAGAGGAGCGCCGUUCUCCCAGAGACCAGCGGCGGACAGUCUGGACCUGGAGUGGCGCUCAGGUCAGGCCGGUCACCUGACCCUGUCAGACGAGGAUGUCACAGCGGUGGUCCAGGGUCGCUGGAAGCGGAUCAAUACGUUGCAGCACUACAAGGUGCCAGACGGCGCCACAGUGGCUCUGAUUCCACGAUCGCAGAGUUCAAGUGGAGUCAACCAGGUGUUCCAGACCGGAGAAAAAACACCAAUGCUGGAGGGUGAGGAGGAGGAGGGAUUUCGUCUGUGGCACCUGGUGAAGAGCAGCGAAGAUCCAGAAAUCCCCAAACACAGGAAAAGCAGCAUGAGGGAGAGGGAGCGGGGCAAGGCCAUACCUGAGAUUUACCUGACCAGACUGCUCUCCAUGAAGGGAACGCUGCAGAAGUUUGUGGACGACGUCUUCGUAGCCAUCCUCAGUACAAAGCGUGCUCCUCCCAUCGCUGUCAGGUUUUUCUUUGACUUCCUGGAUGACAUGGCUGAGAAACACGGAAUUGAUGACCCUGAGACUGUCCACAUCUGGAAGACCAACAGUCUCCCUCUCAGGUUCUGGGUCAACAUCCUGAAGAACCCUCAGUUCGUCCUGGACGUCCAGGUGACGGACAGCAUCGAUGCCGUCCUGUCGGUCAUUGCUCAGACCUUCAUCGACUCGUGCACUACCUCUGAGCACAAAGUCGGACGGGACUCUCCUGUCAACAAGCUGCUGUACGCCAGAGAAAUCCCACGUUACAAACAGCUGGUGGAAAGGUAUUACAGCGACAUCCACAGUGCUGCAUCAGGAUGUUACCAGGAGAUGAAUUCCACCCUCACCGAACUGUCUGGGAGUUUUGCCUCAGAGCUGAACGGUGUUGUUGCUCUUCAUGAACUUUACAAAUACAUCAGCAAGUAUUAUGACCAGAUCAUCAUGUCUCUGGAGGAGGACUCCUCAGGUCAGAAGAUGCAGCUGGCGUAUCGGCUGCAGCAGGUCGCCGCCCUGGUGGAGAACAAAGUUACUGAUCUCUGAAGAGGAGGGGAUGAAGAGGACAGCUAUUAUCACGUCUUCCUGAUGUUUGUGUUUUUACAGUCGGACUCAGGAGAUCAGCAGCAACAAAUCACACAGAUCUGAUCUAAAACUGAUGAUGAACUGAUGAUGAACUAACCCGAACUAACCAAACCAAGCUGACACCAGCCCGCAUAGACAAAGACAAUCUAACAAAACGAUCAGGGAGCUUCAUCGUCGCCUGCUGCCUUGCACUACAGUUCCCAGAGUUCUCUGCUGUCUGUGUGUCGAAAAGCACAAGUGAAAUUGUUUCAGGUGUGGUCCAAUCUAUUACUGGUUCUCCUGAGCAUCCGAACAGUUCUGGGAUUGUUCAACUUUUCCUCAAGGCAAUGCCAGAACCUGAAUCAGGGAGCGUUUCCAUCACGGUUCAGUGUGACUCCAGUUUCUCAUUUUUAAAAAGCCGCCUGCACUUAUACAGCCCACACACCCAUACCGCACCAUGAAAGUGCUCCACCAGGAACAACUCUGGCUUCAACAAAGAGGGACGACUCUGAAAUUCUGUGCUAACUCUUAUUUGCCCACUUUACAUCAGUGGGCACAUUUCCAGCCCCAGACCGCCUGGCUGACUCCCAGAGGUGGUAACCGCCCUGGCGACACCGCGACCUGACUCCUGACUGUUGGGUUGUGUCAACCUGGAUCACUUUAAGAUGCUCAGGCUAUGUUGAACCUGCAGGUUCUACAAAGUGUCAGGAGAGCUCAGCUGUUGGAGCAUCUUGGUUGAUGUUCAACAGAUCUCAGAACACACAGAACAGAGCUCUGCACAAAUCUACCAUCUACUAACUAGAACCAAACUGGGCCCAAGUGGUCAGGAGGAUGGAGCUGAGGCAACAGAUCAGGUUCCAGAGUUUCCUUGCUUCUCAUUGACUCCACAUGUCCUCAGGUUCUCUUAAGAGUCCUUCUUCAGCUCUGUCUUUGGUCUCUGGGUUUGUUAUGUUCAUCCAUCCAUUAACUCCCACCUAUCUGAGUUUGGGUGACGGGCGCAGCAGCUUUAGCAAAGCACCCCAGUCCUCCUCCCCAGUGUUCCGGGGCAACCCGAGAAACAUAACCCCAGCACUGUGUCCUGGGUCUUCCUCGGGACGUCCGUCUGGUUUUACAUGCCUGGAACACCUCCCCAUGUGUCUAGGAGGCCUCAUAACCAGGUGGCCGAAACACUUUGGUUGGUAGCGCCUUGACCCGAACCUGAAGAGGGAUUUCUUUUCCAACUGAGAGUCAGACACUGGGCUGUGAAUGCACCAGUGAGGGGUGAAUAUCUUCACUUGAUGACCAUCUCUUACUGGAAACAAAUAGAGAUGCAGAACCCUCCCGGAUGAAACUGCAGUCAGCGCCUGUUCACGAACCCAGAAGCACAGGGAAGCUAGCCUCUGGCCUGCUGGGAAAAACUCCAAAGUACAUGCUCCAAGUUGGGGGAAGUAAGUCAUCCCUGUCAGCCGUUAUCAUGGGCAACUCUAGAGUGGAUCAGGGUCCAAUCUCUCUUGAGGAGGUUGGUUCCAGAACCCAUGCUGUAUAUUGAUGUGAGUCUGACUUUGUGUAGUUGGUAACUGUCUCCAUCUCAGGCUCCGUCCCUCCGAGAGUGAAGGGGCCAUGUCAGAAGCAUUUUCGUGGCUGAGGGUUGGGACAUUGAAGCCAAUAAUUUCGACCGCUGCCUGUCCUACAUAGCUCCCCACUCUUGUGGCCGCUCCUGCAGGUGACGCGUCCACAGAAAGUCAGAGCCACUUUGUCAGUCAGGGUUGGGGUUAGGGUGGAGCACCUGUUGGACCCUCUUUCACUGGUCAAUGGUGGUGCUGUUUUAUCUUGAACAUGAAAAUAGGAGGCGGAGUCACACUGAAUGUGAAACGGAAACAUAAAUGUCAAACCUGCUGAGAAAACAAAGAGCUAAUCGAUGAUAAAAACAAUCAAUAACAAGUAAACAGAGUGUGUGUGUCAGGAACGCAUGUGUAAAUACUGUAAGUCUUCUUUAUAUUUAUUUGUCCCAGCUGUGCCUUCACUCCUGCAGCUAGGUGGCGCUGCCCGUUUUACAGGCAGCUUCCUGUGUCCCAGUGCAUGAUGGGACGAUAAAAUUAUGAACUUUAACUGAACAAGGGAAUAAAAACAGCAGCAAUAAACCCAAACCCUGAUGGGCAGGACCACCGGUGUGCAGGUGGGAACCGUCUGGGUCCAGUAAGAGCUCCUCUUCAUCACUCUGGGGGUCUCACAGACUCAACUCAGAGAAGACUCACCAAACUCUUAGUGGUUUCCUGCUGCUGGUACCAGGCUCACCGGAGAACCUUUUGAGACCGGGGUAACUGGAGCGGGCCAUCUCCAGCAGCUGGGCCAGAGUCAUAUAAUAAGCCAACCCUAUCUCCAGGGUUGGGCUCGACUGCAGUGGACCCUCCUUUUCCAUCAUGGACCCUCCUGAACUGUCUUAUACCCUUCUGGGCCGUCUUGAACCCAUGCUGUUCCCAUUUCGGACUCCCCAUGGAAUGUCUUCUACCUUUUUGGACUGUUGUGAACCCUUUUGUCUCCUCACAGACCAUCUUGGACUAUGCUGGACCCCCCUGGAUCAUCUUAGUUUUUACAGGACUUCUGUGGACCCUUCUGAACCAUCACAUAUGCUCCUUUACUCCCAUGAGCCAUUCUGGACUUAUCUGAAGUCUCAUGGGCCAGCCUGAAUGACCAUAGGCCCUCGUCAACUACCCUGUACCCUCCUGGACUGCCAUGGACCACGUUAAACCACUACUGACCUGCCUGUUCUCCUGUGGCUCAUCCUGGACCCUCCUAGACCCCCCUGGACUCUGCUGUGUGUCCUCGCUGUAGACUGACCAGCCGGACUGAACCCAGCAGACUGGCUGUGGUGGUUCCUGCUGUGAAACUGAAGCAGAGAACUGGACCAGGUUUGGCUGAACGCUCUUUUCCCUGCUGGCAGAUUCUGGAUUUUCUUCUUCUUUUCUUCUCCGGACCGUUCUGACGAGUCUUCUUUCCAUACUUUUGCUGUGUUGGUUCUUGAUCCGGUCUUAGAUCCGUUCUUGUAGUUCUUAGACUCCUGCAUGCUUGUGAUGAUGAUUUCUGCUGCUUCUUCCUCAUCCUUUUCAGUGUUUACGUUUAAGAUAAGGGCGUGGCCGUGCCCCUGAUGAUGCGCUGGUCACCUGAACUGUGUGCAGUCUGACCCUCAACUCUGAUUGGUGGAGCUGUUUGUUACUGUUUUCUACGGCCAUGUUAGAAGCUCAGCUGGCUUUUCUACUGAAUGUGUACAGUUUGCUAACAAUGUGUAAAUGUUAUCUGUAAAUACCUGUCUGAGGAUGAGGAUGAUAAAGACCAGCCAGUCUCCAAUGAAAAUGUGCUUUUAUUGUGAAAAGGCAGGAAGCCAAACACAGUUUGUAUUAUGUAAAAAUAAAAUUUUAAUUUUAGCGCUCCUCUGUUGUGUCAUCAUGUCAGUGGCUAGUUUUGUCUUGACCAGGAACAAAAACAUGUGCUGAGAAAGUCCUGCAGGGGGUUCCCACCGGGGUUCUCACAGGGUUUCCGUGGGGGGUUUCCUAAAAACAGAAUUCUUGGGUUUGAUGCUCCGGCCGGAAGAUUUUUCCAGAUAUUUGGUUUGACUUUAGGGGGAAUUCCCUGAAACUCUUAAACACUGUAAUGUGUGUAAAGCUAAGUUUUAAGUUACUCACAUUGCAAUGAUUGUAGUAGUAGACAAAAUAAAUAAACCCAUACAAAACAACUGUAAUGAAAAUGUUACUGAAAUAAUAUUUGUGUAAAUGUGUUUGAACACCAGGAACAUUCGUCGUAGCUCACCAUGGUGGAGGCUAGUGCCCCUCCGAUCGCUCCGGUUUGAGGGAAUUGUUUUAUUCUUUAAUUGAAACCAAAGCGGGUGGUGAGCUCUGUCCAAUGACAAUGUUCUAUGGUGGUCCAAAAAUGCUCCUCUUUUCUACAACUCCUGUCCUUUUUUUUAAUGGAGUAAUUAAAUCUCCUUUUAGUUAAUUUUCUGGACACCAGAGUUCAAUUGUAGUCAGAAUAUCCAGUUAUCAGAUU